AUGCCACCAGGCAGCUCUGUUGUUCUAAUAGAGAUUGACACAGGUUAUCUGGCUGCCUUUAUUGGCUCCGAAGCUCCACCCAUGCAGGCAACAGAGAGCCAGAUAAGGACAGAGUGGGGAUACAGGGAGCUCCUUCGCUCCCGUGUGGCGUACACGUUGGGCUGGGCUGCUCUGUUUGAAGUGCCAUGGAUGGGCCUGUAUCUGUCCUCUGCAGCUGGAGUAGAGCGUAGUAAUCAGUACAACCUCCCAUCCCAUGAUGCCCUGGCACAGAUUCUACCACAUAACCACCUACUCUCCAAAGGAGCAAUGCCUGCCGUCCACAGGGAAACCAUACAAGAUCAAAGGAGAGCAGAGAGGCUGUCACAUUCAAACAGACCAAACAUCAACAACACCUAUCAGAUACAGCAUCCACAUAAACGACCUCCCCUGCAUGACUUUAAAGACGAUCAUGGCAUGACAGAGAUCAGCAGCCUCCAAAACAAGGUGGAGUUUGAAAACUACCGCACGGCCAUGAGUAAGAUGGCAGAAGAUAUCAUAGUGCUGAGGACACAGGUGGUGACAUUGGAGGCAGAAAACAGCCAGCUUCGCAUUGACCUGUCGGUCCACCAGGAUGUCCUGAAUGACACUGACACCAUGACCAAGGCAGACAUUUCUAAACAUACAGCCUCUCUGAAGUGCAAGGUUACAAGUGAGAUCAGUGAUGCUGCCAAGCAGAGGGAAAGGAUCCAACGGCUGCAGAAUAACCUCAUCAAGAAAAAUGACAGCGAGAAGGAGCUGUUGAAGCUCCAGAGAGCCCAUAAGCAGCUGCAGGAGGAUCACCAGAGUCGCCUGGCAAAGAUUGCAACUUUAGAGGCUACAGUGAAACAGCAGGAAAAGGUCAUUGAGAAGAUGGAGAAAGCUUUGGAUAGCAAAGCUAGAGAAAAUAAUCAGCAGAGUGGCAGCAAAAGGCUGGCAGUGAGGAAGCAAAGAGAUGAGAGUGGCAAAAGGAAGGAGAUAGAGACGGCCUUGGCAGCAGAAAAUAGUCAUCUCAGAGGAGAGCUGGACAGAAUUCAGCAGCAGUGUAACCCAGCAAUUAAACAACAGUCAGACCAGACAAGAGACAUGAUGCCAAUCCAGGAGAAAAUGAUUUUACUCCAGAAAGUGGAACAGGCUGAGGCAAGAGUCCAAACACUGGAGGCCCAGCUGGAGGAAAACGCAAAGCAAUGGGGGAAACAAAAACAAGAAAUGCUGACCAAACUGAGCGAGCACAGGCAUGGCUUUGUCCGGACAUCCACCACAAUCUUUCACAACGGACAACCACUGAUUUGAGAGCAGAACGCAAAC